GUUUGAAGUGGACAGCUGCUUUGGCGGUUACUUAAAAGAGGUUAUAAUGAUAUUUUAGUGCUUUGUUUUUAGUUUAUUUACAAUGUAUGUAGACGAUAUAAAAAACGAUUUUUAUGAAUAUUUAUCAGGAAAGAGAAUAUUUCUUAUGGUUCACUAUGAUAUAGACAGUAUAUGUGCCUGUAAAAUACUCCAAUCUCUACUUAGAUAUAAACAUAUUUUAUAUUCUUUGGCUGUGGUGAGAGGCAUAGAAGAUCUUAAAACUGCAUAUGCAGAAAACUGUAGUGAUGUGAAAUAUUUUAUUUUAAUAAAUUGUGGGGGUACUAUAGAUAUCGUUGAGGAAUUAGAAGCUGAAGAAGAUAUAACAUUUUUUAUUUUGGACAGUCACAGGCCUACUGAUUUGUGUAAUAUUUACAGUAAUGGACAAGUUAGGUUAUUAUCUACACCUGAAGAAGACAUUGGGGUUCCCGAUUUUCACGACGUUUUCAGGGAAGAAUCUGAAGAUGAGGAUGAAGAAGAAGAAGAUGAUAGUGAUGGAGAAACAAGGGCAGCAAAAAGAAGACGGUUAGGAGAGGAAGACCUAAUAAAAAGAAGAGAAAAAAGACUGUGGGAAGAAUCUAGAGAUAAACUGAUGUUUGAAUAUUCCCAAUUUACUUAUUAUGCCAGGGCUAGUGCUAUAAGAAUAUUUGAAUUAGCGUGGAAACUCAACAAAGAUGACAAAGAUCUACUUUGGCUGGCCAUAGUAGCUUUAACUGAACAAAUAGUUCUAGGAAAAAUAGAAAACACCCAGUACACAUUGGAAAUAAGUCCUUUGCAAGCACAUGCAACUCGUUUACAUAAUAAAACUAAUGAUACAGACGUUAUGACAUCACUGAAAAUUAAAUUUGACAAUGAUUUGAAGCUCACACUAUAUCGCCACUGGUCAGUUGAAUCCAGUUUGAAAUAUUCCAUGUUUACCUCGGUCAAAAUGAAACUGUGGUCACUAAAGGGUGAUAAAAAAUUACAUGAGUUGUUAGCUGAUAUGGGAUUUCCUUUAGUUCAAAGUCGACAGUCAUUUAAAAGUAUGGAUAUGCAGCUUAGGAAAGAAUUUCAUCCAACUUUAGAAAAACUGUCAACAAAAUAUGGUCUGCAAGAUAUAGCAUAUGCUUCAUUUAUACUUCAGUAUGGCUACAGAAAUGUAUAUUGCGCUUCAGACAUUGUUUAUGCACUUUUGGCAAUACUUGAGUCAUCACCUAGAGAUAAGAAACCUGAAGAAUUAUUUAACUUGGCGUUGGAUUGCCUUUCUAGGACAAAAAGAGAGGUUUUGAAUAGUGCAAUUGAAAGAGCUAAGGAUAUAGCAAAAGCUCUUUUUAAAACAGUACAAAGUGCAUUAGACAUGAAGCAGAUAAUCACUGCUGGUCCCUUUGUUUAUUUCAUCAUACAAGAGGGAUGUCUCAACUGGUACAUGUUUUCCCACACUCACAUCCUCCUACUUUUAGCCCAUUUUCUCUUAAGAGCAUAUGUGGCAAUGUCUAGAAACCGUAAAGCCUCAACUCUACCUCUUAUAGUUUCUGCUCCAAAAAAUAUGGAUGAUGGAACAUGUAUACUUCUUGGAAUUCCCCCGUUAUGUGAAAAUUCGCCGAAAAAUUUUUUUGGAAAGGCGUUUGAGCAAGCUGCUCAGAGGAUCAACUGUGAUGCAACUGGUGAUUAUUUUGACACAUCAUAUUUUGAAAUUCACUCGAAAGACAGGACAAGAUUUUUUGACGCCCUUACUGCACUGUUGAGUUGAUAUUAUUUUAUUUCAAUUUUUAAAAUAAGUACAAAGUGUAGAUUUUAUAUUAAAAUCGCUGUAAAUAUUAUUUAUUUUAAUUGUAUAUAUUUUUUUAUACUAUCAAUUGUAAAUUGUGUUCCUGUAAUUAAGAAAAAUAGAAUUGCCAGUCAG